CUCUACUAUUGACAGCGUAAAUGUUGGGAACGAUAAUUCAACCCCGGUCUAAUGAGAUGAAUAGUUUCAUCUGACCGCAGGAAGGGUCGUCGUCGUCGCCACCGCCGUCUUGGAGCGGCGCCGGGAAACCCGCGCGGAUUGGGCAUAUAUUCGCCAAGCUUAGGUAAAGCGUUGCUGAUUUAUUCGGCACAGUUCGAAUCUGCUUUUUCUCCUGCGCAAUUUCUACCUUGGCUACUUUUCUACGGUUGUGUCGAGAGAGGAGAGAGAGAGAGAGAGUCAAACGUCGUCGUUUCAUCAGUUCCAUGGCGAUUCUCUUCGCUAGAAGCAGUCAGUAGUCACCGCAGAGGGAGUGUUGGAUUUCCUUUUUACUGAUGAGGAAAAGCCAAUUUCGUGAUCUAAGCUCCCCCAAACCCAAACCCUAGAUUGUGAUUCUGCCUUCCGGUGAAUCUAAUCGCAAUGGGGUGCACGCAAUCGAAGAUCGAGAACGAGGAGACGGUGAAUCGGUGCAAGGAGCGGAAGCAGCACAUGGAGCGGGCGGUGACGGCGAGGAACAAGUUCGCCGCAGCGCACUCCGGCUACGCCAUGUCGUUGAAGAACACCGGCGCCGCGCUCAGCGAUUUCUCCCAAGGCGAGGCUGUUUACCCUCCCUCCGGCGUCUCCUCCGUGCAAUCCUCCACCAUUGGAGUCGGCGCUCCUCUGCCUCCACCUCGUCUCAACGAAAUUUUCCAUCCACCUCCUCCUCCAACGACCUUCGCUGACCCUCCUACCCCCCUCCAGCGCUCCGCCACCAUGCCUGAAAUUUCCAUCCCUCGACCUGAUAACCUACACUCCGAUCCAAUAAUUGAGGAGGAAAACGAAGAGGAUGUUGAUGGAGAAAGUAUCCAUAGCUUAAAACGGCGUAGCAGUAAGUCCAGGGGCAGGAGAGGCGGCGCGUCAUCCUCGGAGGUCAUACCGGACGAACCCUUGCAUCCGCCACACAAACCUGAUCGCCGUGGUCUCGAUCACCAGCAGCAGAAUCAUCCACCGCCGCCUCCUCAUGACGAUAAAGGCAUGUGGGAUUAUUUCUUCCUGGGGAACAUGCCGGGGCCUACAUUAGCACCGGAGGAGAAUAGUAUUGAAAGAGAGGAGAUGGAACGGAAGAUGAUGGAAGAGAGGCACAGGGCAAGAGAAAGGGAGGCGAAGAAAACUGAGAAAGUAGAGGUUGUUCCAGAUAUUGUUGAGCCUGUAAGUGAAAUACUGCCACCGCCCCCGUUGCCAGCCGAAGUUGCAAUUCCUGGUACAGGGAAGGUUCCCAAAAGGGUGAAACCAGAUGUUCCACCUGAGGAGAAAAGGAAGGGAGCGGGAAAUAAUAUGAAUUUGAUGCAAAUAUUUAUUGAGCUCGACAAUUGUUUUCUUAGUGCUUCAGAGAGCGCUCACGACGUUUCUCGAAUGCUUGAGGCAACUCGCUUGCAUUAUCAUUCGAAUUUUGCAGAUAAAAGAGGGCACAUUAAUCAUUCAGAAAGGGUAAUGCGAGUCAUUACGUGGAAUAGGUCCUUCAGAGGUUUCCAGCAAAACCUUGAUGAUGGGGUGGAUGACUUUGAUUCGGAGGAGAAUGAAACUCAUGCAACGGUGUUGGACAAAAUGCUGGCGUGGGAGAAAAAGCUUUACGAUGAAGUGAAGACGGGCGAGCAGAUGAAACUUGAAUAUCAGAAAAAGGUCGCCUCCCUAAACAAGUUAAAGAAACGUGGUACUAAUACGGAAGCAUUGGAGAGAAUGAAAGCAUCGGUGAGCCAUCUUCAUACAAGAUACAUUGUUGACAUGCAGUCCAUGGAUUCCACUGUUUCCGAAAUCAAUCGUCUCCGUGAUGAACAACUGUAUCCAAAACUUGUUGCUCUUGUCGAUGGGAUGGCUGCAAUGUGGGAGACGAUGAGAACUCACCACGAGAGCCAAACCAGGAUCGUUCAAAAUUUGCGCUCCCUCGACAUAUCACAGGCUCCGAAAGAAACAUCCGACCACCACCACGAGCGUACACGCCAGCUAGGCGGUGUCGUCCAGGAGUGGCACAACAAUUUCAGUGAGCUCAUGAGCCAACAAAAGGAAUACGUCCGAAUGCUCAACCAUUGGCUGAAGCUAAACCUCGUUCCCAUCGACACAAACUGGAAAGAGAAAGUCUCAUCACCCGGAAGAUCCCAAAACCCACCGAUACAGCGGCUACUGCUCGCCUGGAACGAGUAUCUUGAGAAACUCCCAGACGAGCCAGCAAAAGCAACCAUAAGCAACUUUGCGGCCAUAAUCAAGACGAUAUGGCAGUACCAGAAAGAGGAAAUGGAUUACAGAAACAGAUGUACAGAAUCCCGGAAGGAGCUCAUCAGAAAGACCCGAGAAUUCGAGAAUUGGUACAAUAAGUACAUGCAGAAGAGAACGCCUCCAGACGAGCUGGAUCCGGACAGGGCUCAUGACAAAGAACUCAUCAACGAGAAGCAGCAAGCAGUCGAAAUGGCGAAGCAUAACUUGGAGCAGGACGAGGAAGCCUACCAGAAGCAAUGCAUUCAAGUCAGAGACAAAUCCCUCAUGAGCCUCAAAACCAGCUUGCCUGACCUAUUCCGAGUACUGUCAGAUUUCUCCCUCGCCUGCUCGGACAUGUACAAUCGGCUGAGGUCCAUCAUCCGAUCCCGGAACUGAAUUAAGGCUCGACGGCGAAGGAGAUUCUCGGUUUUUUGCCUAGUAUGUGCUUUCUCUCUUAUGUACUAUAUAUAUAUAUAUAUAUAUAUGUUGUUGCAAGUAAUAAUUGCUGCCAUUGUUUUGUUUUGUUGUGAAGUAGUAGCAAGGUUUGUUCCAUAUACUGUUGUACUAUUUUAAAUUAUGUGUUUUUCUUGUGAGAAUUGAAGAUUUGUGUAAGCACGGUUUUGGGGUAUUUGCUCCGUUUAUGAAAAGCGACUUUAAUGAUUGGUUGA